UCAUGGGAAUGAGCCUGAGAGCAGGCAGGCCGUGUUUAGCUCCUGACUCAGGCUUUCACUCCCUACAGUUUCAUUUGGCAGCUGCUGAGCCUCCUCAGCCUCUCCAUCCGUUUUCUGUCCUGAAUCAGGGGCAGUGCAGUAAUGAGUGCUGCUAAUAAUACCCAGCUAUGCGAAGAGAGAGGUGCUGAGGGCCAUCUGAGUAUCCUGAGUAUCUGCCCACCCGUCUCAGUACUCUAAGGGCCAUCUCAAAGGGCUGGGAAUGUCAGCCUGCAGGCACUCCUUGACCAGUUUGUUUCUGAGCCUGACUGACUUCAGCUCGCACUUCUUCUGAAUGUGUGUAAAUUCGCAGGGGAGGCGAGGGCCUGGCAGAGGAUUUUCAGUCCUCACCUUUCCUGUUCACAGCAAGCACAACAUUCAGACAAUAAUUCGGAGGGCCCUUUGUAGCCCUGGCUCGGGGUUGCAGAGGACACCUGCGUGCCUGUGCCCCUUCAACAUGUAAAUCCGAGGUUGUUUAAACCUUCUAUCAGUGGUGCAGCAGCACGAUGGAUUCGAACAGAUCUAGACUACAGAGGUAGGAGCAGCUCUCGUCUCCGGCAAACCACAGUGAACCUGCACAUUCAGAAGGACUAAAUGGCGAGCAAAUGGACUGCUUGAAGCACUGGGUUUGAUUGCUUAAGAGAAGGGGCUCUGCUGAGGACACCCCACAGGAAUCUGUCGGGUAUCUCUCUCAUCCCAGACUUUUCCCUGAUAUGGAACAAAGUGAAGGUGAACAGGAAUCCCAGGCCGAGAGUCACGUGGAGAGCAAGAGCAGCGUGAAAUCCUUGCCUGGGGGAACAGCCCAUGUCAAACUAGAGAUAAAAAAACAUGCAGUUACAGACGACUACAAACUCUCCAAACGUGUGCUAGGGUUAGGAAUCAAUGGCAAAGUACUGGAGUGUUUCAACAAGGAGACAGGCCAGAAAUGUGCUUUGAAGCUCCUGUACGACAACCCCAAGGCCCGUCAGGAGGUCGAGUAUCACUGGAGAGCCUCAGGGUGCCCUCACAUUGUCCAUGUCCUGGAUGUGUAUGAGAACAUCCACAAUGGAAAGAGAUGCCUGCUCAUUGUCAUGGAAUGCAUGGAAGGAGGAGAGCUGUUUAGCAGGAUCCAGGAGAGAGGAGACCAAGCUUUCACUGAGAGAGAAGCCUCUGAAAUAAUGAGAGACAUUGGGACAGCCAUCCAGUACCUGCACUCCAUGAACAUUGCACACAGAGACGUCAAGCCUGAAAACCUGCUUUACACAUCUAAAGACAAAGAUGCUGUGCUCAAACUCACAGACUUCGGCUUUGCCAAAGAAACCACUGUAAAUGCACUGCAGACCCCCUGUUACACUCCUUAUUAUGUGGCCCCAGAAGUCCUUGGUCCUGAGAAGUAUGACAAGUCAUGUGACAUGUGGUCAUUGGGUGUCAUCACAUAUAUUCUCCUGUGUGGGUUCCCUCCAUUCUACUCAAACACUGGUCAAGCCAUUUCUCCAGGGAUGAAGAGAAGAAUUCGGAUGGGGCAAUAUGGAUUUCCCAAUCCAGAGUGGGCUGAAGUAUCAGAGGAAGCCAAACAACUCAUUCGCCAUUUACUGAAGACUGACCCAACAGAGAGGAUGACAGUCUCUCAGUUUAUGAAUCACCCUUGGAUUAAUAGAUCAAUGUCAGUGCCACCAACUCCUCUUCACACUGCACGGGUCCUGCAAGAGGAUAAAGACCACUGGGAUGAAGUUAAAGAGGAGAUGACCAGUGCUCUGGCUACCAUGAGGGUGGACUAUGAUCAGGUGAAAAUCAAAGACUUGAAAACGUCCAACAACCGCCUCCUGAACAAGCGCCGCAAGAAGCAGAAGCAGGCGGGCGCCUCCUCUGCGGCCCCAGGCUGCAACAACCAGUGAGGGCAGGAGCCAAGAGGGACCUGUGGGUGGAGGGUAAAAGUUAAACAGCAAUUGAAAAUCAUGUGAUCAUCUCGGCCCACACCACAAAGGCAAUGAGACCAUGAAGAUGCUAUCCUGCAAAGAGGGAACAGUGUGAUAAUGUUUUGGUAACUCGAAUCAGGGCUUUGCUUUUGAAGACUAAUGGAUCUGACAUGAUUCUGUUGCAUAUUGCAAGGGAAAGUACAGUAAUGCCAGAAGUUUUACAGGUUUUUGGUUUGGCUUUUGCUGUGUAGGACAAGAGGAGAGAACAGGAGGCAGUCUCAGCACAUUAAUGCACUGAGGCUUUAACAGCCAUCUACAAGAGUAACUUCUGCUGCUGUUUUAAACUGGGGAAUAGGAAAGUGCCAAGUGUUCUGCUAAGAGUGUUUUAGUAGUUUAGUAGAAUUGGUAAUAGUCUUUAUUUCCAAACUUACCUCCUAUAGUUACAGAAUAUCAUCUAAACUGUAAACAGAUGUUCUUGUUACAGGAAAAAGCAUCCAUACAUUUCCCUUUCCAUGAAGUCCUCUGUGUAGUCUCAUGUGAAGAUUUGAGUUUGUCAUGGAUUCCCAUUUGAUAACAUGUAAAUUUUCUGAGCUGUAGCCACUAUGUUGUAUCUUUGCCACUGUCAAACCCCUCUCUUGUAAUGUUUUUAAUUUAACUGGUACUUUAUGUGAAGAGUUUCAGUGAGGAUUUAAGUAGUUGAAAGUAUCCUGCAGAGAAUAUUUCUGUUCCCCUUGGAUCCACAACCUCCAGGGCGUGCAGCUGGACUUGCAAGGGAUUGCUUUAGAAGAGAGAGUUCUGAAAUUUGGGAAAAAAGUGGCAAAUGCAUGUUCUCUGAAUGGACCCUGUAAUCUGCCAGCAUCCCUUCUGGUAAUUAUCUCCAGAUCCUGUGCCUAAGAUGUGCUGAUCACAGCAAAUUGUGGGGUGUUGGGGUUGGUUUGUUUCCUGGGGUCAAGAAGGGGGAGGAUGGUACUUUAUUUAUGGUGAUUUGGUGGUGUUUCAGGAUCCAAAGAUUUUCACUACUUAAGGAAGAUUACUUUUAAGUACAUCCAUCCAUUGGUUUUUUCCUAUUUUAAUUCUUCUUAUUUCAUGGGAACCUGGCCUUGGUUUGCUGGUAUGUUUUAUUUUGUGAUCAAAAUAUUUUUUCUCACUAUAUUUUUGAGUUUGGCCUUGGUUUUAGUUUAGGUGAAGCAAAUAUUUGUGAAAGUGUUAUCAGAGUCUGGGAUGAAUAUGAUGUGCUUCCAGUGAUGCAGGCAAAUGCACCUUUGAGGUAGGCAGUACUGGUGUGUUAAUAGGCCUGCAAGAGUGUAGAAAGGCAAAAAGGAAAACAGGGCUCCAAAGUGGAUCUGAAUUGUCAGAUCAGAGUGACACACAGCAAAGCUCAGCUCAAGGCUUUGGACCUUGUCUGGGGAGCCCAGUUCCCAUCUUCAGAAUGGUGAAUGAGACCUCAAUUCUCCUUUGUGAACUGGUCCUAGGGUUUUGUAACAUGAUUUAUUAAAAUCAGUUUUUAAUAUUC